CGUUUCAAAAUUCAAACCAUUAAACCCUAACCUCAUACAUCCCUUCGCCGGAAAACUCUAUGGACUACAAUUUCCGACGACUUGAUACGCAGAGACAGUACACUCACGUGUCUCCGACGUCUUCUUUCAACUACCCAUAUGUCUCCGAUCACCCCAUGACCGAGGGAUUGAGUAGCGGAAGAAGUGAAGUUACGAGAGAUGCGAUACAGCGAGAGUUGAUGAAAGAGAUGAUACGAGAACAGAUACUAACGGAGGAACUACAACGUUGCCGGUUUUUGGAAUUGCGGCAUGGUGAACCGGAGAUUAGAAGAAUUCGAAUGCCGGUUCAGGAGAUCCGGCCGAGACCUUUAUUUCGUGAGUUUGAAACCCCAUGUUUUGAUGGAUCAAUUGGUAGGUCAUAAAGACACUUGAGGGCUCUGUGAAAAAAGAAUAUUUUGAAAUGUGAAAUUUGUCUUUAAGCGAAAAUAUGACCCGUGGGCAAUGCGCCACGGGCCAGUUCGAAAUAUUGAAUGAAUUAGUUCAAACGUUA